AUGUAUCACCAACAAUUUGAAGAUUAUAGUGAACUAUUCCAAAUCCCAACUUUUAAAAGUCUCGGGAUUGACGCUAAAGAAGGCAACAAAGACAAUGAUGAAGAUAAACCAGUGAUUUAUUUUUGUGGAAAUUCCCUUGGAUUAAUGCCUAAAUCUACACCUCACGCCAUAAAUCAAGAACUUCAAGCUUGGAGUCAAAGAGGUGUAGAAGCUCAUUUUAAUCAUCCUACAGCUACCGAUUGGGUAGAUAUUGACUUACCUUUAGUACCACUUUUCAAACCUUUGAUUGGGGCCAAUGAUAAGGAAAUUGCUGUAAUGGGGACUUUAACUAUGAACUUGAAUAGUUUGUUAGUAAGUUUUUAUCAACCAAAAGGAACUAAAACCAAGAUCCUCUUUGAAAAGCAAGCUUUCCCUUCAGACUAUUAUGCUUUACUUAACUUGGUUCAACUCAGAGGUUAUGAUAAAGAUCAUUUAAUACAGUUAUCACCUUCAACUACUACUUACUUAAAGACUCAAGAUAUUUUAGAUAAAAUUACCGAACAUAAAGAUGAAUUAGCAAUGGUAUGUUUACCAGGUAUUCAAUAUUAUACCGGACAGUUCUUUGAUAUUAAAACCAUCACCAAUCAUGCUAAACAAUAUGAUAUAACUGUAGGAUGGGAUUUAGCUCAUGCGGUAGGAAAUGUACCAUUAUCUUUACAUGAUGAUAAUGUUGAUUUUGCUGUGUGGUGUAACUAUAAGUACAUGAAUUCUGGACCAGGAGCCAUUGCUGGGAUAUUUGUUCAUGAAAAACAUACUCAACAGAAUACUAAAGAGAAUUAUCCUCCUAGACUUGCAGGAUGGUGGGGGAAUAAUAGUGGUGAUAGAUUCAAAAUGUUGGAAAUCUUUGAUCCUUUACAAUCUGCUUUAUCUUAUAGACAAUCCAAUCCUUCUGUGUUGGACGUUGUAGCAUUAAAAUCAUCCCUUGAAGUAUUCCACAAAGUUGAUUUCAAAAAUUUAAGAGAAAAAUCUGUUUAUAUGACAGAUUUAAUGGAAUCUUUACUUAUCAAGAGUGAAUUUUAUUUUCCACAAGAUCAAUCACUUAAAUAUGGGUUCAAAAUUCUUACACCUUUAGAUAGUUCUCAAAGAGGAUGUCAAUUGUCAUUACUUUUCAGUGAUGAUUUAAUGGAAAACGUUUUCAAUUAUCUUAGAGACCAUGGAGUUAUUUGUGAUGAAAGACGUCCAAAUGUUAUUAGAUUGGCACCAGUUCCAUUGUAUAACACUCCUGAACAAGUAGAAAUCGUUUGUAAAUUAUUAGAGUCAGCAUUAAAUACUUUUAAAUAA